AGCCGUCUUCCCACCGAGAGCAAUGAUUUUUGAGCCUCUCGGUGGUCAUACAUGCAUUGUGACAGCCUUUUGAGGCCACUCGUCUGCACGUGGGAGAACGUGGCACCGUCAACAUCAGGAAAGGCAGAGAUGGCAUCGAAGGUUCCCACUUUCCUAUCGAUAUCCUCUUGUAGAUUCGCGGUUGAAUGAGCAAGAUAUACCACGUGCACAGAUCCGAAGACUCAUCCAUAUGCGACGCUCAAUUUCAGUCUUCGAAAAAUGGAAAGAACGAUGAGUACAUGUUGACCUUAGCACUCUCCAUCUCGCAUUUCCUUCCAUCAGAGCAAACCCAUCUCUCUUCCCAACAACAGAACCAUACAACCAACUUCAAAUCCCAUCACCAGUCAGCAAAGAUGUCCACACAUUCAAGAUCCCUCAGAGCGCUGGUCAUCCUCAUCCUCCCUCUCACCAUCAUAACCCUGCUCAUCACGACUACCCUGCUACCAUCAAACCACCCAAUAUCCCCACUCUCGCGACUUUCAUAUGCAGGUUUGGAAACCGAUAUGGAAACCCUAUCUCAGCACGGGAUGAGAGCAUUCAAUUUGCUGGUCAAUCAGAUGGGGGGAAGAGGUAUGGGUGUGCAUUUUAGAGCUCCUUGGGCGGGUCGGAAUGCUUUCGUGCCGGCAACUCGACUUGUGAAUACAGGCGCGAUGUCCGCAUUUGGUGUAGGAGGGGAUGUAACUUCCAUGACAUCGCCAUCGGCGUCGACAUACACGACCACGACCACUUCAGAACUGCGUCUCAAGACAAAGUCGCCGUCCUCAAGAAUUACCAAUCUUGGAUUGAUAGCCAAUCUCGCUCGGAUAGCGAAAGAGAGGUGUUGCAAGAUAUGCCAUGGCUUUGCGAAAGUUGUGUAUUGAGCUUUAUGGCUGGAAAGGAGAAGCAAUAUACCAGUGUUACGACUGCGAAGAACGAGGGUGCUGCAACGGGGUUUGGAGGCGUUUUUCGAGGGCAACAGGAGG